UUAGCAGAGGAGAGCCAGGGAGGGGCUGAAAGGGAAGUCCUCAACUUGUUGCCACAGAGGGAGGCUCCGGAGACAUCAAAGCGGAGGCAGAGAGGAGCCAGACCCAACGCAGCAAUGACCCGCUUCAGCUGCUUCGGGAAGCUCCAGCUGUGGCCGCUGCAGGCGCUGCUGGUGCUACUAACUUUCUCCGCUCCAGUGACCCAAGCAGAAAUCAACUAUGCAACUGUUUAUUGGAACCCCUCCACAUUGUCAGUAGAAGUCAAAGAUGAUUUAGACCCGGCUGGAGAUGCAUAUGGUUUUUACAAUGACACUAUACAAACUACAGGCUGGGGGACCUUGGAGAUAAGAGCUGGUUAUGGUGCCGGUUCCUUGACCAAUGAGCUUGUCAUGUUUGUAGCGGGCUAUUUGGAGGGCUACCUCACUGCACAGCACAUGUAUUACCAUUUCGAAAACCUGUUUCCACAGUUGAUUAAGAAACCUGGUGUCUUUGAAAAAGUGAAGGACUUCCUAGUGAAGCAAGAUGAUUGGGCCCGACAGCAGGUCUGUAAGAACAAGAAGAAUCCAUUUUGGAGACACGCAGGCUAUGUUUUUUCACAGCUUGAUGGGUUGUAUUUUGGAGCUGCAGAGAAGGCAAAAUUAGCCCAGAAAAAGCCCUUGACUCUUUUCCAGAUCCAGUUCCUGAAUGCGGUUGGAGAUAUACUGGACCUAAUACAAUCACUAAUCCCUCCAGCCAAUGUCUCACAGAAUCAUUCUGUCACAGAUGAUAUGGGUCAUUGUUCUGUUCUUAUUAAGGUUCUUCCUGGGUUCGAGAACAUUUUUUUUGCUCACUCAAGCUGGUUCGUGUAUGCAUCUACACUGAGGAUAUACAAACACUGGGACUUCUUCAUCAAAGAUCCAAUGACUAAAAGUUCUCGUCAUUCAUUCAGCAGUUAUCCAGGUUUUUUGGAAUCUCUGGAUGACUUUUAUCUUCUCAGCAGUGGUUUGGUCAUGCUGCAGACCACCAACACCGUAUUUAACUAUACCCUGCUAAAACACGUGGUGCCAGAAUCUCUUUUGGCCUGGCAAAGGGUCCGGAUUGCCAAUAUGAUGGCAGAUGGUGGCAAGAGGUGGGCAAAUAUCUUUUCAAGAUACAACUCUGGUACUUAUAACAACCAGUACAUGAUCCUUGAUCUGAAAAAAGUGAAGUUAAAUGACAGUCUUGCCAAUGAGACCCUCUUCAUCGUGGAGCAAAUUCCCACGCUCGUGGAAUUCACAGACCAAACUGACGUUCUUAGGAAAGGAUAUUGGCCAUCCUACAACAUUCCUUUCCAUAAGAGGACUUACGAUUUGAGUGGCUACCCAAUGAUGGUUCAGAAAUUCGGCUUGGUUUACUCUUACGACCUAGCUCCAAGAGCCAAAAUCUUCCGCCGGGAUCAGGGAAAAGUGACCAACAUAGAAUCCAUGAAGAAGAUCAUGCGGUCUAACAAUUAUAAGAAGGAUCCGUACAGCGAAGGAGAUCCUUGUUAUACUGUCUGCUGCAGGGGGGACCUGAGCUCGACAGAACCUGAACCAGCAGGUUGUUAUGACACAAAGGUGGCAGAUGUGUUUUUGGCAUCCCAGUUCACAGCCUAUGCCAUCAGUGGUCCCACAGUGGAUGAUGACCUUCCUGUCUUCCGGUGGAAACUAUUCAACCAGACUGUCCACCAGGGCCUGCCAGAAGCCUACAACUUUGAUUUUGUCACCAUGAAACCUGUUCUUAAUACAUUUUAUAAAUUUCACAAAGAAAAAAAGAAAAGGUGGGGAAAGCAAGUCAGAAGGAGGAAGAGAAGAAACUAA